AUGGCGAAUGUUAAGAGUAUUAGGGGGUCAACCCGUGCCUCGCCUGCAGCCCGCGACGCCGCCGCUCGCUCGCCUUGUGCCCCGAAGCCCGCGACGCCGUUGCUCGCCUUCGCCGUGCCCCAAAACCCGCGAAGCCCGCUCGCUUCGCCGUGCCUUGAAGCCCGCGACGCCGCGCUCGCCAUUUGUGCCCGAAGCCCGCGACGCCGCUGCUCGCUUCAUUUGUGCCCUGAAGCCCGCGACGCCACUGCUCUGCGUUCACCGUGCCCGGAAGCCCGCGACGCCGCUGCUCUGCCUUCGCCGUGCCCCGAAGCCCGUGACGCCGCUGCUCGCCUUCGCCGUGCCCCGGCCGGCGACGCCGCUGCUCGCCUUCGCCGUGCCCCGAAGCCAACGACGCCGCUGCUCGCCUUCGCCGUGCCUCGAAGCCCGCGACGCCGCAGCUCUACCUUCGCCGUGCCCCGAAGCCCGCGACGCCGCAGUUCUACCUUCGCCGUGCCCCAAAGCCCGCGACGCCGUAGCUCUACCUUCGCCAUGCCUCGAAGCCCGCGACUGAAGCUGGAGAAGGAUGGUUUAGGUGAUACAAUCAGAGUUUCUCUUACUGAACCACCUGAAGAAGAGAUAGAUCCCUAUAAAAGGCUGGCAAAUCUCGGUAUGAGAGCAGCAGAGCUUCAGAACCAGAAGGGGGUGGCACCAUUUGAGAAAAGCACAGACAUUAUUUUGACUUCCAGCGAUGAUCGGGUUAAUUGCCGAUGCAAAAGGAGGGCGAGGAGGUGGAUUACACCGUGAUGGAUCCAUUCUCAUGUCUGUCUCCUUGAAUCAGUUGAAGGCCCCAGAAAAUUUCUACCAUUCUCUUGCUACAAAGCUUGUUCUGGGAAUGCCAUUUAAGGAUCUGGCAACAGUAGACUCAAUUUUACUGAGAGAGCUUCCACCGUUGAUGAUUACGAUCUU